UCCAGGCAGGCGGCAGCUGCGGGGCGACCGCUGGCUUGGCGGGAUGGACUGGCCGCACAGCCUGCUGCUCCUUCUUGCCAUCUCCAUAUUCUUGGGGCUGGGCCAGCCAAGGAACCCCAAAGGCAAGAGGAAGGGGCAAGGGCGGCCUGGCACCCUGGCCCCUGGGCCUCACCAGUUGCCGCUGGACCUGGUGUCUCGGGUGAAGCCCUAUGCCCGCAUGGAGGAGUACGAAAGGAACCUUGGAGAGAUGGUGGCUCAGCUGAGAAACAGCUCCGAGAUGGCCAAGAGAAAGUGUGAGGUCAAUCUGCAGUUGUGGCUGUCUAACAAGAGGAGCCUGUCUCCCUGGGGCUACAGCAUCAACCACGACCCCAGCCGCAUCCCCGUGGACCUGCCCGAAGCGCGGUGCCUGUGUCUGGGCUGCGUGAACCCCUUCACCAUGCAGGAGGACCGCAGCAUGGUGAGCGUGCCUGUGUUCAGCCAGGUGCCAGUGCGCCGUCGCCUCUGUCCCCCGCCCCCGCGCCCGGGACCCUGCCGCCAGCGCGCUGUCAUGGAGACCAUCGCAGUCGGCUGCACCUGCAUCUUCUGAGCCCACCCCGCAGCCAGGCCGCGGCGGAGACCGCCCUCCCCGCACCUCAGUGCCACGCAAGGCUAAUGAAAAGUAAACGCUGUCCUUUGUAA